UGCGGGAGAGGCGUGGCGCCGGCGGCCCGGCGUGCGCGAGCCCGGGGGCGCUCGGCACCGAUGGCGGAAAUGGACCUGGACACCGAGUUUCCCCGGCCUGCGGGUGCUGCGCGCUGGGCCGAGGUUAUGGCUCGCUUCGCCGGCCGUGUGGCCGCGCAGGGACGCAGGGUGGUGUUGGUCACGUCGGGUGGCACCAAGGUCCCUCUGGAAGCGCGGCCCGUGCGCUUCCUGGACAAUUUCAGCAGCGGGCGGCGCGGCGCCGCCUCGGCGGAGGCCUUUCUGGCCGCGGGUUAUGGGGUCCUGUUCUUGUACCGAGCUCGCUCCGCCUUCCCCUAUGCCUAUCGCUUUCCGCCUCAGACCUGGCUGUCGGCCCUGCGACCUUCCGGGCCAGCCCACUCAGGCGUGCUGAGCCUGGAAGUCGAGGAGAACGCACUACCCGGCUUUGCUGAGGCUUUGCGGAGCUAUCAGGAGGCAGAGGCUGCCGGCACCUUCCUGGCCGUAGAGUUCACCACUUUGGCGGACUAUCUGCAUCUGCUUCAGGCUGCGGCGCAAGCACUCAACCCUCUAGGCCCUUCUGCGAUGUUUUACCUGGCUGCGGCCGUGUCAGAUUUCUAUGUUCCUGUCUCUGAAAUGCCUGAACACAAGAUCCAGUCAUCUGGGGGCCCACUGCAGAUAACUAUGAAGAUGGUGCCAAAAAUGCUUUCUCCUUUAGUUAAAGAUUGGGCUCCCAAAGCAUUUAUAAUUUCCUUUAAAUUGGAGACUGACCCUUCCAUCAUCAUUAGUCGUGCUCGGAACGCUUUGGAAGUUUAUCAGCAUCAAGUGGUGGUGGCUAAUAUCCUUGAGUCAAUACAGUCUUUUGUAGUUAUUAUAACCAAAGAUUCAGAAACCAAGUUAUUGCUAUCAGAUGAAGAAGUAGAAAAAGGCAUGGUGAUAGAACAGAAGAUAGUAGAUAAUCUUCGGUCUCAACACACAGCUUUUAUAUGUGACAAAAACUGAACUCAAAAGGUCUUACAGGAUUAAAAAUUGUUCCGUGGACCAGAGCUUUUAUAGAGUAUAAGAACUAAAAUAAACCCUUUAGCUUCAUAAAGACAAAGGGAAGGUAAAAUCUGUGGUGUGCAGGCAAGUAUGGGUUGGUAUUUGUCUUAAUGACUGAACCACCCAAUAAAAUUACCUGAAUGUUAUCUGGAUUUAGAAAUUGAUACUAGAACUGUAUAUCACCUUUAAAUGAAGUCUGUUGGAAAUUAUAUAUUCCACAAAAUAUAAUGGAGGCUCAAUGCUGAAUAUCAGCCUACUUUAAGGAAGAAGAUUAUGGAUGCAUGAGUGGGCAUGCUUUGAGGAUGAAGUAUUUAGUGAAUGCCUACUAUAUUUCAGGCCCUACGCUAAGUGAUAAGAAUUAAAAGGAUGAAUAAAUAUGACUUGUUUGGGAAAUGGAUGUAUAAAAGUAAUAAAGUUGUGCCCACAAACACACACAGAAAGGAUGUUGUGUUUUGGAAAUUUACGAAAAAUGGAAGACAUUUCCUGAACAUAGAUGAUUGCCUGUAGAUUACAGAGCUUCCCACUACAUUUACCCUUUGCUUCUUGCCCUAGAUUUACUCUAUUUGAGUAACAAUUUACCUCCCAAAUACUUUAAAACUGUUCUUGAGAUAAACUUAACAGAGGCUGCCUCCCGGUACCAGGCAGGGACCAACUGGUGAGCUCUGUCCUGUGAAAAAGUGUGGGGUGUGGAGACAACCUAGCCAUGCUGAAAGGGAAAAACUUUACAAGAAAAAUUGUUUUUUUAAAAACUUUGUUGCCCGAAACUGCCUGGCUCUGUAACUGCUUCUGCCUUUGUAAUUACUUUCUUGAACCCCUGUGUCCAAGAAAGCGUAACCAAACAUACAGGAUGCCUGGUUGUACCAUGUACCAAGCUUCAUAAACUGAUGAUCAGUGCCCUUGUAACUGUUGAUCUCACCCUGUUAGCUGCUGGGCUGUUCUGUCUCGCUUUUGUACCUCAUCCUUGUGCAUCAUAUGAAAACCCUAGACCACCAGUGCUUUGGGCCUGAUAGAGUGAUCCCAAUCAGUGCCCGUUGACAAAAGUAAAUCUGCCUCCAAAUUCUGGUGUCAUUUUGGUGUUUCUGCUUGCUAUUGCAAUGUCACCUGUUAGCUUUAUAAAUUUAGGCACAUACCUUGAUCUUUUUCCUCUUGUAUGACAUAAGGAUAAUCUCUCCGCAAAGUGAUAUUGUUGUGAGGAUUAAGUAAAACAAAAUAAAGGGAAGUGACUGGUGCCUGGCAGUUCACAUUUA